AUGUCAUCCAGAGGCCAGCCACGGGUCCUGCUCUUCGGCGCUGGUAGUGUCGGGGCUAUCUACUUGUACCUACUGAGCAAAGUAGCCCAUACAACAGCCGUCUGUCGCUCCAACUACCAUGUUGUCAAGGAACAUGGUUUCAUUAUCAACUCGUCCAUUUUCGGCAAUGACAUCCAUUUCAAGCCAAACGUCGUCCGCGAUUGUGGCGAAGCGUCAUCCCAUUCGCCAGAACCCUACGACUACAUUGUUGUCUGCAGCAAAGCCAUACCAGGUACGGUGCCCAGGCUGAUAGGCCCUGCUGUGACGCCUGGGCAUACGGCUAUUGUCCUGAUACAGAAUGGAGUAGGCAUUGAAGAAGAGUUCAUGCAGGCCUACCCAAACAACCCCAUCAUCAGCACCGUUGUCUAUCUUCCCGCAACCCAGAGACCAGCAGGUGUUAUCAGACAUGGCGAGGUAGAGCAGCUUCAGCUGGGAGCCUAUCCAUCCUCCUCAUCCAACUCUUAUGCCAAAGCCUUCGCAGAACUUAUAACAUCUGCCGGCGGUACUGCAGAGCUCUACGAUGACGUUCAAGCCAAGCGCUGGUACAAACUUUUGGUCAACGCUUCCUGGAACCCGAUAUGCGCCCUCACGUUGAGCAAAGAUACCGAGGUUCUGACAGCUUCAAAAGAAGCCAAUGAAGUGCUGCGGGCCGUUAUGCUGGAGAUCCGGGACAUCGCAGCCGCACAUGGCCAUGACAUCACACGAGAGCAGGUCGAUAUUCAGCUCGGGCGGGCGCAAGCUAGGAUCCCAAACAAUGCUGGCAUUGAACCAAGUAUGCUUCAAGAUGUGCAGGCUGGCCGGAGGAUAGAAGUGGAGGCCAUCGUAGGCAAUCCAGUAAGGAUGGGCAAAGAGAAAGGAGUCACGUGUGUGAGGCUCGAGAUGCUCUAUGUGCUAGCAAAAGCAUUGGAUUUGCAGAUUGGAAGAAGAUGA